AUGUCGAACCCCCAAACCCCCGCCACCCAUCCCACCUUCGCCCUCCACACGACCUCCGCAACUCCCUCCUCCACGCCAGCACCUCCCGCACCACCACCGCUCCCCUCGCCGUCCAGCUUCGACAUCCUCCCACCGCUGCAUACCCUACUCACCCGCCUCCUCACAACCACCGCGCAGCCUGCAGACCCGAAUCCUACACACACCGUCGACCCCGAAGCUGCGAACCAGCUCGAUAUCCAGGGCCUGCCGAGCGAAGCGACAAAGCUGAAGUUGAAGCUGCAGAGGGCAAGGAUGGCUGUUAUGGCGCUGCCAGACGUGGGGAGGGCGAUUGAAGAGCAGGAGGAGGAGAUUGGGGAGCUAGAGGAGAGGGUGAGGGGGCUGAAGGCGGUGUUGGAGGGGUUGGGGAAGGGAGGUGGUAUUAAGGUGGAAGAGGCUGGGGAUGUGCAGAUGGGUGGAUGA